AUGGAAGAUGUAGAAGGACUUUUUGCUACUGACGGUACUGGUAGAGACAUAUUUCGCGCGACAAUGAGUUUGAAACGGUUUUUAUUUUUGCUUUCAAUUAUUCGUUUUGACAAUAUACAUGAUAGAGAUGAUAGAAAAGAAUCGGGUGAUCGUGUAGCUCCAAUAUCAGAGUUGUUUCAAAUGUUUUUGGUAAAUAGUCAAUCAAAUUAUUCAAUGUCUGAAUAUUCUACAGUUGAUGAAAUGCUGGUUCCUUUUAGAGGGCGGUGCUCUUUUCGCAUGUAUAUGAAAAGCAAACCAAAUAAAUACGGACUCAAAGUUAUGUGUUUAUGUGACGCAAAAAACCACUAUUUGUAUAAUGCAUUUAUUUAUUGUGGAAAAAAUAAUGUUCCAAAUCCUAAAAAGUUUGCAAUACCUACAUUAAAUGUGUUAGAACUUGUAACACCUAUUUUUAAUUCAAAUAGAAAUAUAACUGGGGAUAACUGGUUUUCUUCCAUAGAACUAAUAACUGAAUUAAAACGACAUGGCCUAACAUACGUGGGAACAUUACGUAAAAAUAAAAGAGAUAUACCAUCACAAAUUGUUCCUAAUAAACAAACUGAAGUAAAUACAACAAAGUUUGCAUUUACCAAAGACAUAACAUUAUUAUCGUUUGUUCCAAAAAAGAAUAGAUACGUGUUGCUUUUAUCUUCUAUGCACCAUACGAAUACAAUAAAUCCGGAAAAUUCAAAACCAGAAAUUAUUGAAUUUUACAACCAAACAAAAGUAGGAGUUGACGCUUUGGACCAAAAGUGUGCAGUCUAUUCAACACAUCGACGUACACGAAGAUGGCCACUCGCUAUAUUUUACCCCAUGUUAGAUAUUGCUUCUGUGAAUUCACGUGUUUUAUAA